AUGGCUCCGUAUGAAGCACUUUACGGAAGGAAGUGUAGAUCCCCAGUUCAUUGGUAUGACACUCGGGAAAAACAACUUUACAAGACAGAAUUCGUUCAAGAGGCCAUUGAGACAGUGCAGAAGAUCUGCAGAAGAUUAAAGACGACUCAGAGCCGGCAAAAGAGUUAUGCAGAUAAACGCUGGAGACCCUUGAAAUUUUCUGUGGGGGACUUCGUAUUCCUAAAAGUCGCACCAAUAAAAGGUGUGAUGCGUUUUGGGAAGAAAGGCAAGCUGAGCCCACGGUACAUAGGACCUUUUGAGAUCAUUGAAAAAAUAGGAAAGGUAGCUUACCGACUAGCUCUGCCGCCAAAUUUAGCUGCAGUACACAGUCUGUUUCAUGUAGCAAUGCUCCGAAAGUAUAUCUCGGAUCCAUCGCACGUGUUACAGUAUAAGCCUAUCCAGGUUCACGAAGAUUUGUCCUAUGAGGAACAACCAGUUCAGAUUUUAGCCAGAGAGGAAAGGAAACUUAGAAGUCGUAGUAUCCCAAUGGUUAAAGUUCAGUGGAAAAACCACCAUGUUGCAGAAGCCACUUGGGAAGUAGAAGAAGAGAUCAGACGGAAAUACUCCCAUUUGUUCUGA